AUGGCGGAAAAGGAAGCGAGGCUAAAGGCGAUAGCAGAUGUCUCAAAUAAUCUCCUGAACUCCCUCAACGAAGUUGGUAGAGAAGACACUGAGAAUAUAACACCAAGAGUUACAUCGGAUGGGGAGAUUUCACCUCUUCCACACGGGGAUCUAACGAUCUUGCGCAAAAGGGGAGCCUCAACGUCCACGGUCGGGGAAGCACCACCAGCAGUCAAAAAGCUGCUAGAAGAAUGGUUGACAAGUAACACCCGCACUGUCACUGAUUCAGGUGACGAUGCUCUCAUGGCUAUCUUAAAGAAAAUGGAAGAAAUGAAAAAUGAGAACAAAACACUCCGUGAUCAAAUGAAGGAGCAUCAGGAGAGGGUUGACAAAAUACCAGGGCCCCCUAAGCUAUUACCAAAAUGCGAUGUGGGUCAAUUCGUCGAACAGCCAUACAGCGACGGGGCUACUCCUCAUUCUAUUCCAAAAACCUUCAAGAUGCCACCAUACUUGAAAAUAUACGACGGGACCACGGACCCGGAGGAUCAUCUAAUCCAUUAUGUUACUGCGGUAAAGGGCAACGAUUUGUCAAAGGAACAAGUACCAUCUAUGCUGCUAAAAAGGUUCGGUGAGACCUUGACAUGGGGAGCAUUGACAUGGUACUCCCAGCUACCAGCGCGAUCGAUAUCAACGUUUGAAAAGAUGGCGGAUAAAUUCGCCACCGCUCAUACAAGGGCGAAGAAGGCUAAAGCUAGGGUCAAUGAUAUCUUCGCCGUCAGGCAAACGGCGGGCGAGGGACUACGGGAUUUCCUGGCCCGAUUCAACAGAGUAAGGAUGAGCCUGCCAAAUAUGUCAGAAGGGAUGGCAGUAGCAUCCUUUCAAAAUGGGUUAAACAGGAACGGAUCAAAGGCAACCAAAAAACUGCUCAGUAGACUCAUGAAGUAUCCCCCACCACAUGGGAAGAGAUCCAGAACGCCUAUUGCGCUGAGACCGAGGCAAGGAGAGAUCGACGUAACAACAGGCGAAGAGAUCAACCACCACGUUUCAAUUGAGAAAGGCAUCAACCCUAUGUCCGAACAUCUAACCCGCCCCCUCCAAGACAUACGGAUGCCAUGUUACGACACACUGCACCCCUUCAAAGUGAAAGAGAUAGUUUACGCACUUGAGAAGCUAGGCAUGAAGGUGCAGUGGCCGCAAAAAAUAAAAUUGGACCCAACCACCAGGAGGUCAAACGUCCUCUGUGAAUUCCAUCAAGAAAGAGGACACAAGACCGAAGAUUGCAUAGGUCUGCGUCAUAAAGUAGUUAGGAUGUUGAACCAGGGGUACCUAAAAGAACUGCUCAGCGAUAAAGGAAGGGCCAACUUCGCUCGAGGGAACGAUCCAUCUCAAGGACCUCCAAAGCCACCAUCACUAGCACGCACCAUACAGAUGAUCAUUGGAGGUGUCGACGACACGGUAAUCAACUAUGUGAAGUUCACCGCCAUGCACAAACUCAAACGGACGAUCGCCCACGAACGGUAUGAUGACCUCGAAGACAGUGUCAUCUUCUAUAAGUCGGAUGCCGAUGGUUUGUCUUCCCCUCACUAUGAUACUUUGGUUACAACUUUAUGCAUCGUUGAUACAGAUGUAAAAAGAAUCAUGGUAGAUGAUGGAAGCGACGUGUGUAUCAUUCACCCGCGAGUUCUCAUGCAAAUGAGGCUUGAGGAUAAAAUAAUACUGCGUUGCAUAACACUAACAGGUUUUAAUAAUGCAGUAGAGUGGACAUCCGGAGAAAUAGUGCUACCUGUCCUAGCAGGAGGGGUCACCCUGGAGACACCAUUCCACGUCAUGAACCAGGAAACAACCUACAACGCCAUCAUGGAGAGACCAUAG